AUGGCUCCCCAGUUCAUGUUUCUCAUUGGCAAACCUCCCGUUGUCAUCAUUCUUGUUCCUUUCUUGUGUAUCUUAGCCUCUGUCAUUGCCAUGUUCACUCGGCCAAUUCUAUGGCUUGCACGGUUACUACUUAACAGCCGAGGCCUCGAGGACAGGAUUCUCCGGUCAUUUCCAAAGAUCUGUUAUACUGCAGAAGUCGAUGAAAAGCUCACAGAAUGCGCUGUCUGCUUGAUGGAGUAUGAGGAUGGAGAUGCAUUAAGGAUUUUGCCUCCUUGUGGUCAUGGUUUCCAUGUUGACUGUGUUGAUAGGUGGCUGAAGUGCCACUCUUCAUGUCCAUCGUGUCGCGCCGUUGUAGUUAUGGAGAGCAAAGCACAGAUACUUGGAGACGCCAAUAGUCCACCAUUCUCAGAUACAUCAUAUACAGUUUCAAAUCCGUACAGACUGAGUUUCUGGCAUCUUUGA